UGUUGGUAGGUAAUUCCAACAUGGAAUAUUUCACCAAUUAAGAAGGCCAAUGAGAUUAAGGUAAACUUGGAAGAGCCUCCUCAGUUUGUGGAUAUCAACCUUGAAGAAGAUGAUUCCUCAGAUGAAGAGUACCAGCCAGAUGAUGAAGAAGAAGAUGAGACUGCUGAAGAGGUCAGUGGUGACCCUAGUUUGUUGGAAAGUGAUGUUGAGAGCACUGCUUCAUCUCCACGUGGGGCAAAGAAAUCCAGACUGAGACAGUCUUCUGAGGUGAAUGAAACAGAUGAAGAGAAUGGCAUAUUAUCAGAGGCUGAGAAGAUUGCCACACCUGCCAUCAGGCACAUCAGUGCUGAGGUAGUACCCAUGGGGCCUCCACCACCCCCAAAGCCCAAACAGACCAGAGAUAGUGCUUUCAUGGAGAAGUUGCAUGCUGUGGAUGAGGAACUGGCAUCUAGUCCGGUCUGCAUGGAUUCUUUCCAGCCAAUGGAUGACAGUCUCAUUGCGUUCCGAACCCGCUCUAAGAGGCCUCUGAAAGAUGUUCCCCUGGGACAACUCGAGGCAGAGCUUCAAGCUCCAGACAUCACCCCAGACAUGUAUGACCCCAAUACAGCAGAUGAUGAGGAGUGGAAGCUGUGGCUUGGGGGACUCAUGAAUGAUGAUGUGGGGAAUGAAGAUGAGGCGGAUGAUGAUGAUGAUCCAGAAUAUAAUUUCCUGGAAGACCGUGACGAACCAGACACAGAGGAUUUCCGCACCGACCGGGCAGUGAGAAUCACCAAAAAGGAAGUGAAUGGACUGAUGGAAGAACUGUUUGAAACUGGUAAUAGUGGAGUCAUCCCACGUGCAGGGCUGUGGAAGUCCUCAAGUGAGAAAAAUACUCUGGUGCAAGCUCUUUCUGAGUGCCAGCAUUAUCCUUUCCAAGAUGAGAUGGGAUUCCCCAGCAUGGAAGAUGAUGGCCCAGAGGAGGAGGAACGUGUGGCUGAGCCUCGACCUAACUUUAAUACCCCUCAAGCCCUACGGUUUGAGGAACCACUGGCCAACUUGCUAAAUGAGCAGCAUCGUACAAUGAAGGAGCUCCUUGAGCAGCUUAAGUUGAGGAAAGCUUCAGCCAAACAGCAGCAGGAAGUAGAAAGGGUUAAGCCCCAGACCGAGAAAGCGCCUCAGACUCUGAUUCUAGACCCAGCCCAGAGGAAGAGACUCCAGCAGCAGAUGCAGCAGCAUGUUCAGCUCUUGACACAAAUUCACCUUCUCUCCACCUCCAACCCCAAUCUCAACUCGGAGGCCAGUACUACCAGGAUAUUUCUGGAAGAGCUGGGAACCUUUGCUCAAAGCUCCAUCGCUCUUCACCAUCAGUUCAACCCUAAGUUUCAGACCUUGUUCCAACCCUGUAACCUGACUGGAGCCAUGAAGCUCAUUGAAGAUUUCAAAACACAUGUCAGCAUUGAUUGGAGUCCUCGCAAAACUGUCAAGACGGCCUGUAAAUUUCCCUGUUUACCAAAGCAAGUGGCUUGGAUCCUGGCCACAAGCAAGGUUUUCAUGUAUCCAGAGCUCCUUCCAGUGUGUGCCCUGAAGGCCAAGAAUCCCCAGGAUAAGAAUUCCUUCACCAAGGCCGAGGACAAUUUGUUAGUUUUAGGACUAAAGCAUUUUGAAGGGACUGAGUUUCCUAAGCCUCUAAUCAGCAAGUACCUUUUAACUUGCAAAACUGCCCACCAGCUGACAGUGAGAAUCAAGAACCGCAGCAUGAACAGAGCUCCUGACAAUAUCUUCAAAUUUUACAAGAAGACCAAACAGCUGCCCGUCUUCGGGAAGUGCUGUGAAGAGAUCCAGCCACAUCAGUGGAAGCCACCUGUAGAGAGGGAAGAACACCGGCUUCCAUUCUGGUUAAAGGCCAGUCUGCCAUCCAUCCAGGAGGAAAUGCAGCACAUAGCCGAUGGUGCCAGAGAGGCAGGACAUGCGACUGGCACCACUGAGAUCAAGCCGGACCCAGAUGUAGGAAAAACCAGCUUGGAAUUGGAGAGUGAGACUCGGUACCCACUGCUACUGCCUAAGGGUGUAGUCCUGAAACUGAAGCCAGUUGCCAACUGUUUUUCCAGGAAGGGCUGGAGACAGAAGCGGUCAUCAACCUUGAAGCCCCUCCUUAUCAGACCCAGCCCCUCUCUCCAGCCUACCUCCAAUUCUGGGAAAAUACCGCUUAGGUCAACUCAGUCAGAAGCCCCUCCAAGCAAAAUGGUGGUCCGGAUUCCUCAAACGAUCCAGCCGAUCUUACAGACGGUGCCAGCUGUCCCUCAACUGAGGGUCACUGGAGGUGAUGGUUUUGAGUCCGCAACAGUAUUGCCUCCUCUCCCCCCCGAGGCCAGGACCAGCUUCCCUCUGUCCGAGCCCCAGACCCUGUUCUCUGCUCCUGUGCCCAAGAUAAUGCUGCCCUCACUUGCCCCUUCUAAGUUCCGAAAGCCGUAUGUGAAACGGAGAGGCCCAAAGAAAAAGGGGACCAAGGCCUCUCUCUGUCUGAAGUCUGUCCCCCUCAUCAACUCUGCACCUGUUAUCUUCACUGUUCCUGCCACCACUGUGAAGGUUGUGAGCCUUGGCAGUGGCUGCAACAUGAUUCAGCCUGUAAAUGCGACUGUGGCCCAGAGUUCUCAGACCCUUCCCAUCACCACACUCUUGGUUAACCCUUCUUCCUUCCCAUGUCCAUUGAACCAGCCCCUUGUAGCCUCCUCCAUCCCACCCUUAAUUGUUUCUGGCAACUCUAUGAAUCUUCCUGUACAGUCCACCUCUGAAGAGAAGGCCCAAGUGAAUAUGGAUGUUGGUUGUCCUUUAGAUGAAGGGAAAAAUGCCUUUCCAGGCCUGGUACCCAAAUUAGAACCCCAGGACCUAUCUCCUCUCUGUGCCCCCGUCUUCCCCAAAAAGGAGCACAGCCCAGGACCUCUGCCAUCAGAUGGAGUGUGCCAGGAAGACAUGUCAGAAAACAGUGCCUAUAUCUGGACUGUUGUGAAAACAGAGGAGGGGAGGCAAGUUGUGGAACCACUGCCUCAGGGCUUCCAAGAAUCUCUAAGCUCUCCUCCUGAGAAUGUAGAGAAAAUUGUCAAGAUGGAACCUAAAGACCCUGGGGAGGAAGCCCCCCGGGCAUCCCCGAAGCACACCAUUUAUGAUGACAUCAAAGAAGAGUACCCUGUGGAAUUGGACACUGGCUUCCCAAGUGAGGGCUCAAGUGGUGCAAGAGAAGCAAAGAAACAGACAGUCUUACAAAAGGAGGAGAGGAACCAACUAGCUAAAACCCCAUCAGCUUCUCAAGAGCCUCCUGAUGGAGGAAACUCAGGAAAUGUGAGCAAAGAAUCGCCAAAGAACGCUUCAUCCUCCAUUGACCCUGAAACGGUGCUGAGCAGCCUCCCCGGGAAACCUGAAGACGUACCCAGCCUUGAGGGUCAGUUAGCAGGGACCCCGGCGAGGCCAGAAGCUGGAGGAGAGAAGGAUGGGCCAGAGGAAGAGGAAGAAGAGGACUUUGAUGACCUUACCCAAGAUGAGGAAGAUGAGAUGUCCUCAGCUUCUGAGGAAUCUGUGCUCUCUGUCCCAGAACUCCAGGAAACAAUGGAGAAACUGACUUGGCUCGCAUCUGAAAGGCGCAUGAGUCAGGAGGGUGAGUCUGAGGAAGAGAACUCUCAGGAAGAGAACUCUGAGCCUGAAGAAGAGGAGGAGGAGGAAGCAGAAGCAGAAGGCAUGGAAAGCCUGCAGAAAGAGGAGGGAAUGACGGAUGAAGCCAUGGGAGACCUGGCUGAGAAACCUCCCACUGCCUUUGCCUCCCCCCAGGCUGCUCCAGAAGAGACCAGCAGGGCCCCGGCAGGAGAGAGCAUCAAAGCUUCUGCAAAGGGCCGGAACAGCCAUCGAGCUCGGAAUAAGAGGGGCAGUCGGGCCCGAGCCAGCAAGGACACCUCCAAACUGCUGCUGCUGUAUGAUGAGCACAUUCUCGAGCGGGACCCACUCCGAGAGCAGAAGGACUUGGCCUUUGCUCAGGCUUAUCUGACGAGGGUACGAGAAGCCCUGCAACAUAUCCCUGGCAGGUAUGAGGACUUCCUUCAGGUUAUCUAUGAAUUUGAGUCAAGUACUCAGAGGCAGACGGCUGUGGAUCUCUACAAAAGCCUGAAAGUUCUUCUCCAAGACUGGCCUCAGCUGUUGAAGGACUUUGCUGCUUUCCUGUUGCCUGAGCAAGCUCUGGCCUGUGGAUUGUUUGAGGAGCAGCAGGCUUUUGAGAAGAGUCGCAAGUUCCUCCGGCAGCUUGAAAUUUGCUUUGCGGAAAACCCCGCACAUCACCAGAAGAUUAUCAAGGUCCUCCAAAGUGGUGCAGACUGCCUGCCCCAGGAGAUUACUGAGCUCAAGACACAGAUGUGGCAUCUCCUUAAGGGCCACGACCACCUGCAGGAUGAGUUCUCCAUCUUCUUUGACCAUCUGCGCCCAGCAGCCAGCCGGAUGGGUGACUUUGAAGAGAUCAAUUGGACUGAAGAGAAGGAAUAUGAGUUUGAUGGCUUUGAAGAAGUGGCGCUGCCUGAUGUGGAAGAGGAAGAGGAGCCUCCCAAGAUACCCACAGCCCCAAAGAACAAAAGAAGAAAGGAGAUUGGGGUACAGAACCAUGACAAGGAGACUGAGUGGCCAGAUGGCGCCAAGGACUGUGCCUGCGCAUGCCAUGAAGGAGGUGCUGAUUCCAAACUGAAGAAGAGCAAAAGGAGAAACUGCAGCCACUGCAGCAGCAAGGUCUAUGACAGCAAAUCCUACAAGAGCAAGGAGCCCCAUGAGUUGGUGGGUGGCAGCCCCCACCGAGAGGCCAGUCCUAUGCCUGGUGCAAAGGAAGCUGGGCAGGGCAAGGAUGUGAUGGAGGAGGAAGCCCCAGAGGAACAAGAAACCAUUGAGGCAACCCAGAGCAGGACUGGCAGGAGCACCCGGCAGGGAGAGAGGCCUAUUUCAGGAUUGGCAGUGGGGAGCACUUUGCUGUCCCCUCAAGAAGUGAUUCUUACAGAACGACAGCUCCUCCUGGAUGGCCCACCGCCCAGCUCACCAGAGACUCCUCAGCUUCCCUCCAACACUGGAGUUGUUCUAGACACUAGGACAACCCAGGUCAAACCGGAGGUUUCCUGCUGCACGGAGGUCCCCAGGCUUCAGGAUGAGGGGGAGGGCCAUCAGGCAGCAGGUGACGCCGAGUCUUCCACGCUGGUCUGCGAUGCUUCAGAAACUCAAUGUUCUGGAACUCUUGAACCCCCUGCUUCUUUCCCGAGUCCUGUUUCCUCCAGGAUCAGAGACGUAGGGAGAAGACAGGUGCCUGGGAAACCAGAUACUCAAGAGAGCUGGCUGCCUUCAGGCAGAACUGGUAUGAAGGCAUCAGACAGGAAGUCCUCAGUCCAUGAAUCUCCAUCAGGAAUUGACACCGCAGAGACUUCUCCCAAAACCCCUAAAGGAGGUUUGGCUAAAGACAGUGGAAUACAGGCCAAGGGUCCGGAAGGGGAGCCGCAGCCAAAGGCCACAGAAGUCACCGUGUGUGCGAACAACAGCAAGGUCAGCUCCACCGGGGAAAAGGUGGUCCUGUGGACACGGGAGGCUGACCGUGUGAUCCUCACCAUGUGCCAGGAACAAGGAGCACAGCCCCAGACUUUUCGAAUCAUCUCCCAGCAGCUAGGAAAUAAGACUGCUACUGAGGUUUCCCACCGUUUUCGAGAACUCAUGCAGCUCUUCCACACCGCCUGCGAGGCCAGCUCGGAGGAUGAAGACGAUGCAACCAGCACCAGCAAUGCAGACCAGCUCUCUGACCACGGGGAUCUUCUGUCUGAGGAGGAGCUGGAUGAUAUACCAGGACUCCAGAGGAAGAAAAGUCUUCGGGAACCACUGAAUGAAUAAAGAAAUGUUUGACUGUGACUUUAAAGUAUCUUUAUCCAGGAA